AUGGAGCAAAAAUUAAAGAAAGGAGAAGUUAGUUCCAAGUCUGCUGCAUGUUUAUUAGCUAUAAAAUGGUGUAACAAACAAGAGGUGUGGAUGCUAACAACAUGCCACAAUUCAGGAAUGGUAGCAACAGAGAAAAUAGACAGGAAAACUGGGUUAAAUAUUGUAAAGCCACAAUGUGUUGUGGAUUACAGCAAAUGCAUGGGUUCAGUAGAUUGUACCGAGAUGCUUCUCAGUUCUAUUGAAUCUAUUAGAAAAACUGUCAAAUGGUGA